UUGAUCCCCACUGGGUCUUCUGAGCCCUCUUGCUGCUUUCCCAUGACCAUCCUCUUGCUCCUAAGAGGUCAAACCGUCUACGACACAGACCUGAUGGCCAGCCCCCGUGUUCCUGUGAAAGACGCUUCUUUCACCCUCUUCAAGAAGGUUGACGAGGGCAUGUGUGGUCCUGACGGCGUCAAGGUCAUUGUGGGCCACCACUACGACCACUUUGAGAGCGUCAAGGUCAUGCUCAUGGCCCGGGUCUUUCCGGAACAGCACAGGGUUUCCCUGGAGCUGUUUGGCUGUGACCACUAGCUGACAUCCACAAUGUCCACAAAACAACAAACCUAUCAUGGAAACGGGUCUUAAUAUCACCCGAUCUUUCUUUCAACACAUGCACCCUGGUGUU